GCUUACAUCCACCCGCGCGCUGUUUGUAUCUUGUUCAUAGCAACGCAAAGAACGCAACGAGAGAUACAUUGCAAUCUCACCACAUUGGAGCGUCAUCUCAAGAUGCUGCCACCAAAAGGGAAGAACAAAGCAGCUAGCAUCUGGUCCGUUGACUCGGGCUAUGCAUCAAAUACUCUGGACGAGGAACAUGGUAGCUAUAUGGACUUUGUCGCGAGUCCUACAAUCAGCAAACCAUCAUCAUCCUCGUCUCAGAAAAGCUUUAGCUUGGAAUUUGGUGAUCUCUUCAAGGUCCACGUUGAAGAUCAGCUCCGCCUGCGAAAAUCAGAUUCUCCAUCGGCUCCUGUGACCACGAAGCUUAAUGUGUUUACGACAAAUAUGAGAGCAAGCCACGAUCUCCAAUCACAGACGGCUGGCGUCAAUGAAGAUUGCGUUUUAUGCGCACUUUGGGAUAUUACAAAUCCUGGAGAAAACCUGAAAUGCGAUGGAUGUAAUCGAAAGCUGACAGCCGAGUUCGGUGCUACUGGAAGAUCAGGGCUUCUGCAAAGUUUAGCAGUCGAACAGGAAUCAAUGUAUAUUUCACCCCAAGUGGAGGAACUUGCCGCAUUGCAACUACAUCAUCUACCCAACAAAGUUGAGGAAGGGCAACAUUCAACAUGUAGUAUCUUGGAGCCUAUUAGUUACGACCAGACUACCAUACCUUCUUCCUACAGUCCCGAUACAGGCACUUCUUACCCAGGAUCUCCAAAUGUCAGUUGCGAAGCUAAACGCUCUUCCAUUCAUCGGCCUCCUACAAAGCUUGAGUCACAUGCUUUGCGGCGCCUGAAAUCAUGGAUAAGAGACAACAGCAGCAAUCCGUAUCCUGAUGCUGACACUAAACGUGCAUUGGCUCAAGAGUGUGGAAUCACAGAGAAGCAGGUGAAUACAUGGUUCACAAACGCUAGAGCACGACAAAGAUUUCUACGUCAUGCGGAUAGUUCGCGUCUACAGUCAAAAGGAGAAAGAGAUCCAACAAAGCGCCUCUCAAAGGUCAAAGUGUCGCCAAUACCUGAAGGCUACCGAAGUCUGGAGGAGAUCCAUCAUUCCGAUCACGAAUACGACCCAAAACGUCCAAUAGCGGCUAGGCGAGGCAAAAAGAAAGACUAUAGUCAUUUAAGUACAAUAUCUCCAGUCGCAAAGGUAAUCCCAACCACGACUUGUACCCAAGCACAAGCAACGACCAAAGUCAAAGACAGUACACCAAAUAUGUGGCAAUGCACAUUUUGUUAUCAAAUUGUAGCGCCAAAAUCCUGGCGUCGUCACGAGGAGACUCAGCACCGACCGAAACGGAAGUGGACCUGUUUACACACUGGCCCGAGCUUGGCCACUUCUUCCUAUCCCAUUACAUCCACAACGUGUGUUUUCUGCAUGCUACAGAAUCCUAACAAAGAGCAUCUUCUCCAUUCUCACCGUAUCAGUGAAUGUAUUGCCAAGGCCGAGGAAGACAGAACAUUCUUGCGACCAGAUCACCUACGGCAGCAUGUGAAGAAUUUUCACCAAGCAUCUCUGACUGAUGCUGUGAGAGACCUGUGGAGAACAGAUGGAGUGCGCAAAGAUGGCCCAGAAAGUUGGACCUGCGGUUUCUGUGCUCUUGAGAUGACAGCAUGGGAUGCGAGACAGACUCACAUCGCGGCACAUUUCAAAGAUGGAUUGACAAUGGCAGACUGGAAACCACUUCCUCAGCCUGAAAACACAACUUAUACCAGCAAGAAGCGGCCAAUAUCAGGUGAAGGACGACCAAAUAUGUUUUCUAAAUUUGCCAGGAACUUUACGGGUCUGAACGCGCGACAAGAGGGGCAAAACAUGUCCCAGAGCGGACUCGUACCAACUUUCGAGUACACCACUGAGUACGUACAGCCAGAAGUACCAGUGGCACCUCUAUUGCCAGAUUUAACCUUCGACGACUUUACAACAGCUGUGCAUAACAGUGAGUUCAAUUUUGGCAGCGCGAGUAUGACGGAUUCGUCUGAAGAAGAGACCGCAUCAAAGGAUUCAGAUAUACUGUACCCUGUUAGUGAUAACGAUCUGUGGCUUAAUCAUGACUACCUGGGCAGUCUUUUGUGCAAAGACGAGUACGUUGAUUUUCUCGAUCUUUGGUAGCGAUAUAUCCGCUGCCUGGCAACAUGUACGAGCUUAUUCUUUGUGUGUAUAUACAUGACCCGUAUUCAGACGCCUAAUCAUGAGAUAUUUGCAGUGAGCUGAGGCAUCACAUUUCUGUCAGAAGACGUAAUAUCACGCAGGUGGCUGAUUGACGAG